GCGAAAAAAACAGUCACACAGUCACACGUAGGAGUGGACCUCCCUGGGACCGCAUUGUUUAAUUAUCCAGAAGUGUUAUUUUAUCGGGGGGAGAUUAUUAAUAAAUGGAAGUGAAAGCUGAGUGUUGAUAAUGACGCAGUUUUUGCCACCGAAUUUGUUGGCUCUGUUUGCACCGAGGGAUCCAAUACCGUAUCUACCACCAGUCAGCAAACUACCGCAUGAAAAGAAGAAUGGCGGAUACCUUGGCGUCGGAGCAUUCCUCAAGUAUUUCGAGGAUCCUAAGGACACACCUCCUCCAGUUCGCGUCGAGACUCGAGAGGAAAGACUAGAGAGACGGAGACGUGAGCGCGCUGAGCAGGUUGCCUAUAAAUUGGAGCAGGAAAUUGCAGUUUGGGAUCCCGCUGGAAUACCAAAUGUUACUGCUGAUCCCUUCAAAACUCUGUUCAUUGCUCGAAUCAAUUAUGAUACAUCAGAAUCAAAACUGAGGAGGGAAUUCGAGGUUUAUGGACCAGUGAAGAAGAUCGUUGUAAUUCAUAAUACGAUUAAUGGAAAGCCAAGGGGGUACGCAUUCAUUGAGUAUGAGCACGAAAGGGACAUGCACUCUGCGUAUAAGCAUGCGGAUGGUAAGAAAAUAGAUGGUCGCAGAGUAUUGGUGGAUGUGGAGCGUGCUAGGACUGUUAAAGGAUGGCUACCGAGGAGACUCGGGGGUGGACUUGGGGGGACCAGAAGAGGUGGACCCGAUGUGAAUAUCAAGCACUCUGGAAGGGAGGAUAAUGAAAGGGAGAGGGAGAGAUAUCGGUUGGAAAGGGAGAGAGAGGCGUCUGGACGAGGGAUGGAUAGAGAGCGUGAUCGCGAUCGAGUCGACAGAGAACGUCGAAGAUCUCGUGAGAGAAAGCGACGGUCGCGCAGUAGAUCGCGCGAUCGUAAGCGUCGACGCAGUAGGGAUCGAGCUCCCGAACCCGAAAUCGAGGAGAUUCAGAGGGAGGAGAGAACUAGGGAUAGACGUGAGCGCGAUAGGGACCGUGACAGGGAUAGGGAGCGCAAGAGGAGGCGAUCCAGGAGCAAUGAGCGCAGCGAUCGCGAUCGCGAGAGGAAGAGGGAUAAGCGGGAUAGAGAUCGCGAGCGCAGGGACAGGAAGGACAGGGAGAGGGUGCCCGAUGAGGAUACCAAGGAGAUACGGAUCAAGGAGGAGCCCAUGGAUGAUUAUCCUGAUUAUGCAAAUGCUUAUCCACCUUCAACUCCCUACUUCGCACAAGUGAAAUACGAAGACGACAGUGAAGUGGAGGAGAAGUACAGAAUUCCUGAAGGGCGCAAUGACCAGCCAUCCUACAACUACGACUCAGUACCCGACUACUAAUAAACGAUUAAUAAAAAAUAAACCGUGAUUUUCCAGUUAAUUUGAAUAAUUCGAAUGGAAGAAGAAGACACAAGAGAAUUAUUCGUGUUCGUAAUUAUCUAAGAUUGGUGUGUUAAAAGCAAUACCUUUUAUUGAAUUUUUGCCAGAUUGAAUAAUGCAAUAAGCCUUCGAGACAUUCUCCCUUUUGUUUAAUCCUGAUUGUGAUCUUUCAAUUUAUUUUUUCCAAUGGAGACAGCAGUCGUGAUCGAGACGUUAAGAAAUUGAAGAUGAUUACUCACCCCCAAUCAAUUACGGAAAUUUGGAAAUCAGAGGUGGAAGGCCGUUGGCAUUGGUUGGUUGAUUAAUCGAUUUAAAUUAAAUGGUAUUCAAUCUGUACAUAUUAUACCUUUGCAAACUUAGUUCAUCUUACUUGACUGCUGUAUGUAUAUUUAUACAUAUAAAAAUAAAGGAAAUAAAUUGGAGACGUGA